AUGGGGCUGGGCGGGCAGACGGACGGGCGAGGGCUGCUGAGACACUCCGAGAGCGGCACAGCGCCAGGCCUCCAACACCGCCAACCAGAACACAGCUGCCUAAUGGAGCGCUGGCACUGCCGAAGGAUGGGGGGAUUGUCAGCACUUUGGGGGGAACAGACUCGGGCCUCCACAGAUCAAGGCGAGCGUGUCGAUAACCGUGUUCACAGAGAUGAAAGCCCCGGCGAGGCGAGCAGAGCCUCACAGAUCGGAGGCAACCUGAGGACCAUGAUCAGAGUGUUCAGCCUGUUUGACUGCAAGCGAGAAGGACACAUCCAGCGGCGCGAGUUCCGUCGCAUCCUGGACAGCUACUGCAUCCAGCUGACAGACAAGGAGUUUCAGAGGCUCUGGAAUCACUACACUCCUAAUAACAUGCCCACCAUUUCCUACGAGCUGUUCCUGGACAAGCUAGGCUUUGGUGACAGGCAUGUCUUCAAGAUUGCUCCAGUCUGCACCAAGCUAGAAGUGUCCAGCCGAGGGACAACUCCAGUCAAACAGAGAGCACAAAGACCACAAUCUCUUUCCAGCCUGCGCGAUGUCCCAUCAGUCCUGCCACACAGGAAGCUGCAGACUCUUUUCCACAACAAGAUGUGCAUGAACUCUACCCCGGUGUGGCAAGCGCUGCAGGCCUCUGACACCACCCGCUCUGGCCUGGUACAACAGGACGUCCUCAGGGCCAUUCUCAGCAGCUUUAUAUUUCUCAUGAACCCUCACACCUUUCAGAAGCUGACCAGCUGUUACGGUGUGAUAGCAACGGGGCCAGUGAGGUGGAAACACUUUCUGGGUCACUUCCUGAGACCGGGAGAGGGCGACACAAAUCUUCACACCCACAGGGCCUUGGAGCAUCCCACCCAAGAAGAAGAAGACAAGUUGGAUCUCCAGGACCUUUACCCUCGACUGAAAGACAUUUUCCACCUGCUGGACGAGAAGGAGGCAGGUUGGAUAACCAGAGCAGACCUGAGACAUUCACUGGAGAGACUGGAUGGGACCCGGCCCGGUACUCUACGGUCACAGAUCACAGAGCUGCUUAAUGCUCUGGACCCGGAACACACCGGGGUCAUCCAGCUAGCCGGCCUGGAGAGACUCAACCUCAGUACCGGCUCCGCUACCACGUGCAACACGGCACCACCGCCCACCCCCGCCGACACUGCUGAGCACCUGGACGUCCCUGAGGAGGCUGAAGACGCUGCUCUCAGUUCAGUGCUGACAGCUCUGGAGCAGGUUGACCCUCAGCGCACCGGAUACGUCACACGGGAGGAACUGAAGAAGGUCUUGAGCUGCUAUGGCACAACCACCUCAGACACACACUUCAACAAGCUCUGUGAGACCUCCAGCUCUAGACCUGGCAGUUCCUCUAAGUCGGUUCAUUACACUGACUUUCUCAGGAACCUGGGAGUCCUGCUAACAGAUGAAACACACAAAAGCUACCAUAAUGAGAGGCCAUGUGCUUCACCUCAGUCGACCCCACGGUCAGUCAGGGGACAGCGACCUCCCUCCGUCCUGCAGGUCAGUCCAGACACCUGCAACAUCCUGGACAUUGUCUUCCAGAGGAUGAGAUCAAGGUUAGAGCGACGCAACAGCAGCCUGACCGACCGCAUCCGGGCCGUCACCCACGGCUCUGACGGGACGCUGUCGGCGACUGAUGUACGGACGAUACUAGAGGACAGUUGGGUCAUCUUGGACGACAAGAAUUUCCACAGGUUCACUGAGCAGCUGGGCUUCGUUGACGGACGGAUGGAGCGCUCUGCGUUCCUGGUGAAGUACGAGGAGGCCACAGCCAGAGCCAGGCGGCAGCGCUCUGAGGGUCAUGCUGAUGAGGAUGAGGAUGAACCCCUGCUGACUUCUGCUGAGCAAUGCCUGGCUGUCAUGAAGACCAGGAUCAAGAUCAGCCACGGGGACAACCUGACAGCAUUCCGAUUGAUGGACAGGAAACGUAAAGGCGUGGUCGACUGCCAUGAUUUUAAAGCGCUAUACAGCAGCCUGGGAUUUUUCUGCAGUGAGGCAGAGUACCAGCGGCUGCUGGAUCGGAUCGGCCUGCAUCGGGGCAACCUCAACUACGCGGAAUUUGUUGAAGUUGUAGAAAAUAACGGCAAACGCAAACAAGGGACACAAACAGCAUGUGUACAAGAGCAGCUCCAUGAACUCCUGGCCUGUGAAGCCCGCUAUAAAUGGCCAGAGAUGUCUAAGGUGCUGUGCCAGUUUGACGCAGACGGCCAGGCUUGGAUCCAUAAAAAGAGCUUGAGGGGACUCCUCUUCAUCUAUGCUCUUCCCAUGAGAUCUGACCAAUUUGACCAGCUUUGGUCCAGGUAUGACCCAAAUGGGCGGGGCCAUGUUGCAGUCUGUGACUUCCUGGAAAAGCUGGGGUUUCACCAUGAAGGGGAACCCAUAGCUCAAAGCCAGAAGCUGAACCAAGCUGUAGUCCAGCAGAAUGCAGAUGGACCGGUGUCCUCUGACGCUGCAUCACUGGAGUGUAUUGAACAGAUUUUGCAGGAGAACUUUGAGGGGUUGAGCGAGACCCUGACUCACCUGGAAACGAGCAGAGAUGGCACAGUGACAGUGGACGAGCUGCUGAGCCUGUUACAAACCCACGGCUGCUCCAUCCGGAGAGAGCAGCUUGUAAAUCACCUGCACAGGCUCAAGGUGACCAUGGAUAAAAACUGCAAGAGCCUAGCUUACAUGGAUUUCCUGUCUGCGUUUGACCAUAAAGCAGAGAAGACGUGUGAGUGUCCUCCUGCUUCUCCUGAUGCUGUGUGCCAGAUAGAGUCCUUGGACAGCCUCAGUCCAGGUGUGGCUCUGGCCAGGCUGCGAGAAAUAGUCACUGCCUCAGCACCUCAUCUGUAUAAGGCGUUCACCGCCUUUGACCGGAGCGGGAUGGGGAUGGUCAAAGCUCUGGAGUUCCGUCAGGUGCUGGAUAACUUUUGUGCCCGCCUGUCAGACAAACAGUACAGAUACAUGCUGACCAAACUGCGGCUGGACCGCGAGAACGGCACUGUUAACUGGAAGGACUUCCUCAACAAGUUUCAAUCACAGAGCCCACUGACUUCGGAGAGGGGCCGGAGUAAAACCGGAUCCCCUAUCCAGAGGAGGACCUCUGAAGUCACAGAUCUUCUGCAGCCGAUCCAGGAAGUCGUCUCAGGUCACCUGUAUGAAAUCACCAGAGAGCUGAUGGAUCUGGACCCCUCCAACAGCACCACCAUCUCUAAAGAGCAGUUCAGACAGCUUUGUGAUCACCGCUGUCUGAAUCUCACAAAUGAUCAGUUUGAGUGUGUGUGGAGUCAGAUGCCUGUGAAUGAGCAGGAGAACCUGCAGUGGAGAGAGUUUCUGAAGCGCUUUGGUGCACUGGGCCGGUCGGCAGCAGGGGAUCACACCGACAACGUCCCAUCGCUUUCCUCUGAGUCCAGAGCAACAGCCUCAGCAGCAAAACUGAGUUGCCCAGAGACUGCAGGUGCCACUCUCCAACGCAUUAAGUCUGCCCCCCAGCAUUCCUCCAGGCCUGCUGCCUCAGCGGGGAGGCCGGGAACAGGAAGCCCGCCGGGCAGCACGGAGAGGAGGCUGCGUGGGGCCAUUCAGAGCUGCUGGAAGGAGAUCCAGAGGAACUGCACUGAGGAAGAUCCUCAGCAAGAGGGACACAUCAGCACCACCUCCUUCCUGGAGAUCCUCCACUCUCUCGGCGUCAGAAUGACUCAGCAGCAGUUCGAGCAUCUGGCUGUGAAGUUUGACAUCGUCAGUAAUGGCCGUGUGUCAUAUCACAACUUUCUUCGUCACUUCCUGCUGAACCUGAAACCAGCAGAGACCAAGACGUCGUAUGGGCGACGUAAACUCCCUCUUCCUAUGGCACCGACGAGCCUGGGGGUUCUGAGCGAAGACUGCGUGGAGGUCAUGCUGAGGAUCCGCGACGCGGUCCACUUAUCCUGGACCUCCAUCAGACGCCACUUCCUGACGUUUGACCCCGCUCGCUCAGGAAGCAUCUCCGCGCAGGACUUCAGGAAGGUGCUGCGGCACUUCAGCGUAAAACUGUCGGAGGAGGAGUUCUUCCACCUCAGCUCUUACCUCGAUGCCGGCAGCACAGGGAGGAUCUGCUACGACAACUUCCUGUGGGCCUUCAUUCACUGA